AUGACGAGGGUCUUCUUUGUCGAUUUUGAAAACAAAUGCCAGAAUUUCAUCAAAAAAUCCAUCUCGAAGGUGGACACAUACUACCAGCGAGCCGAGCAGCCAGCUGAGGGCUCCGGCGAACUGUUUCAUGUGCACAUCUUCUACCGCUCGGAUGGACCGCCGACGGGCCUGCCCGGAAACAGAAAAUGGAUGACACAUCACCCCAUCGAGCCAACGGGCAAGAACGCGGCCGAUUACGCGAUGAUCGAGGCCGUUCAGUCUUAUCCGAUUGCUAAAGGCGAUGAAAUCUACGUCGUGUGCGGUGGCGACAGGAUCUACCGCCAGACCUUCGAUCCCAUCCCCGAAUCCUACCACAUCAUCGACCUGAACAACACGGCCAACGUCAGCCCCACGCAGCGAAACGCCGAAAAGGCUGAGAUCGAGCGCGAGUGCGAUCGGAUCGAGGAGGUCGAGGCCAGGCUCUACCAGGAGCAGAUGCGCUCCAACCUGCCCAACCUGGAGAAAAGGGCCAGGGAGCGCGACGACGCCAUCCUGAGCGCUCGCGAGGAAUUCGAGACGCACACUCAAGCCGUCCGCAUCGAGAAGCAGAUCGACCUCAGGCUCAAGCGCUCCCAGGACACCUUUGCCCAGCAAGUGGCCAAGCUGCAACGGGAGUGGGACAACCUGGCGGACAGCACGUUGGAGAAGAACACCGCACGCACCCCCGACUCAGUGCCCUUUGUGGUGCCUCUUGUGCCCUUUGUCGCGCCCACACAAUGA